UGAGACAAUCCUCGUCAUAUUCAAGCCAUAGACUGCUCAGCCUCGAUUAGUUACCAGCCCUCGAAUCUGUAGCUAAACGAAGGCUACAGAUGAGUUCAAUACCCCAAUACACACAAGCAACUUAUAACCACCUGACUAUUGACACUUCUAAAACCGCAACGCAAGCGCGAUUACCACCAUCGCCGCAAUUCUCAGUUCAGCAGCGUCAGAGUCAAGACACAAACUAUGUAGGAAUAACUAUAAGCGAGGAUCCCCCGCCAGACUUUGCCCCUUCAAGACAUCCAUAUCAUGGUUUUGAUGAUGGAGAUAGAGUCAAUCAUCCAGAAAAUAACGUCAGCCGGAUAGCCCCGUCAUAUAAAGGACUUGCUCCAGCCAAAAGACGGCCAGCUAAACGAAUAUCGGAUAGCUCCAUCUACCAAUCCAAUAUCACCAUGCCGCCACUGGGUCCACCUUCCAUCGCAACAAUUCAUGAAAAAGGAUCUUUAGCACGGCAUUCUUCUGCUAAGCUUCCUUCUAUCAAUGCCAAUCUAUCCCAUCUACCACCAGCUCCCAAGCUUUCACAUUCUGCUACUAUAUCUGGAUACGACAGGCAAGCAAGCAAAGACUUUAGCCAGCAUACCCAGUCACCUCAAUCAAAAACAAGCGCAUUCAUACCAUCUCCUCCCACACAAUCAACGUCCUCUAAUCAUGUUGGCUCGCCUUCUUCUGCCUCCUCUCUUUCGCCUUAUUCACAGCGUGACUACAAUAAAUUGAAAGGAUAUUCAGGCUCAGCGCACUCAGCUCCAGAACGCCAGUACACGCUGGGAUCCAUGCUUAGUCCAGCGCCGUUUGACCUUUUUCAAGACGAUCAUUGGAAAAGGAAGGACAAUAGUGCGUUUAGAAUUGUAUCAUCAAACACACCACGUUCGAGGGUAUCAAUGAAUCCACCGUUCCGAAGAUCAGAUCUAAAACCACCAUCUGCGCGGCCGAAGCCACUGGUUGCCUUGACCACGCAAAUUAGUGAUGUUUAUGAGUCGGCGAACCCAAAGUUCAAAUAUAACGCAUCCAGUCGACCACGACGAGUGCUGACGAAACCUAGCAAGCCAAGCAAAAACGAUGGUAACGACAAUGAAGAUUAUGAUUAUAUUCUUUAUGUGAACGAUGUUUUAGGAUCUGCAGAUGGCCACAGCUACCUCAUUUUGGACGUUUUGGGAGCUGGUACUUUUGGUCAAGUUGUGAAAUGUCAGAACACCAAAACAAACGAAAUUGUUGCUGUCAAAGUUGUUAAGAAUAAGCAGGCAUAUUUUAACCAAAGCAUGAUGGAAUUGGCUAUUUUGGAAAUCCUCAAUGAACGCUAUGAUAAGAUGGACAAACAUCAUAUUUUGCGUCUGAAGGACACCUUUAUCCACAAAAAGCAUCUUUGCUUAGCCUUCGAACUUCUCUCUGUCAAUUUAUACGAAUUGAUUAAGCAAAAUCAUUUUCGUGGACUUUCAACAAAUCUUGUACGAGUGUUUACCACUCAGCUUUUAGAUGCCCUAACCAUUCUCAACGAAGCGAAAAUCAUUCAUUGCGACCUUAAACCCGAAAAUAUUUUGUUAAUAUCACUUGAAUCUCCUGCCAUCAAGAUUAUUGAUUUUGGUUCUGCUUGUCAUGAAACCCAAACUGUAUAUACCUACAUUCAAUCACGUUUUUAUAGAUCACCAGAAGUAUUGGUUGGGCUACCAUAUUCAAGCUCUAUCGAUAUGUGGUCAUUGGGAUGUAUCGCAGCUGAACUUUACCUCGGCCUACCUUUAUUCCCUGGAAGUUCAGAAUACAACCAAAUCUCCAGAAUUGUGGAAAUGCUGGGCGUACCACCUAAUUACAUGAUUGAAAUGGGAAAAAAUUCAAAGAAUUACUUUCACCGGUAUACAGAUGAAUAUGGUCAGAAACAGUAUCGACUCAAGUCGAUUGAAGAAUAUAGUCUGGAACAGAACAAGGACGAGCAACCAUCUAAAUGCUACUUUACCGGUACGACUCUUCCGGAGAUCAUCACUUCAUACCCAAUGCCACGACGUGCUUCUUUCACAGACAAAGAGAUUGCUAGGGAGGAACAGAAUAGACUGGCCUUUAUUGACUUCUUGAAAGGUCUCUUGAAUUUAAAUCACUUUGAACGAUGGUCUCCUCAGCAAGCAAAACAACAUCCUUUUAUCACUGGGGAACCUUUUCUCGGACCAUUUGUGCCUUCCAUGAUACCAAAAAGUAAUCCUGCUACCCCAAGAACAUCGUCCAACGAAUCAUCCCCUCUUGGCUCGAAUUCUUACAAAAGUCCUAUUCUUCCUGUUUCUGCCUCAUGUCAAAGCCAAUCCUCGCAAUAUGACAGUCCCACUAUUCAAGAUCGAGGCGGCCAAAUGUUUUUGAACUUGUCGCAAUCACCAUCACGGCAUUCAUAUCAAGGACUUACCUCUGAAGGAAAUCUUUCCAAGAGUAUUCCUAAGACUAGCGCAUUAGGCGCACCACCGCUUAAUACGUCGUACGUACAAACCGGAAGUUCUAUACUGCCACCUACUCAAACCGAGCUGAAAGAUCAACAGCAUCAACAUACCCAGCCAAACAGUGGCCUCGGCAUAACACCUCUGUACGAGAAUUCUCUUAGCCAUGGCUACCAAGACCAUUCUAAUCAGCAGUGGUACUCUGGAAUGACUCAGAGGAGCGGCCCUUCCGAGUAUCCUCAAAUUUCUACUCAGGUGGAACGACGUUGCAGAUCUUGAGAGAAACGACGCCGAAGAUUAUGGACCUGGUGCUCCAAGAGGCAGUGGCAGCCUUAGUGCAGGUACUAUCAGCAACGUUGCAAGCUUUCAUCGACGAGUGCGCAGACCAUACAAUCAACAAUAUCAAAGACAAGAUCUGGAAUGGGAUGGCAGCGGUGGUUUAUCUCCUGAUGAGUCUUAUGGUGCGCAGAACGUUAGACCCUCGAGUUAUCAAGACCAGAGUGAUCAGUCCUGGACUAUGGCGUGAUGUUUUAAGUGAUGGCAGUCGAUUACACCAUUUCACACCAAAAUUGAAAAAAUUAAAUAAAGAGCGAUAUCAAGAUUUGUUAGUGAACAAAGAUGU